GCUUCGAGGAGCGCAGGGAUGGCCGAGCUGGAGGGUCUGGAGUUCGGCAAGUCGGACUUCGUUCUGCUGGACGAGGUGACCAUGGAGCAGUUCAUGGAGAACCUGAGGAUGAGGUUUGAGAUGGGCCGGAUCUACACCUACAUCGGGGAAGUGGUCGUCUCCGUUAACCCCUACAGACAGAUGGACAUUUAUGGCCAAGAUACCAUCGAUGCAUACAGAGGCCGGGAGCUGUACGAAAACCCUCCUCACCUGUACGCCGUGUCUGAUGCUGCUUAUAAGGCCAUGAAGAGACGAGCUAAAGACACCUGCAUAGUCAUCUCAGGUGAAAGUGGAGCUGGAAAAACUGAAGCCAGUAAGUACAUCAUGCAGUAUAUCGCAGCCAUCACGAACCCCAGCCAGAGGGCCGAGGUGGAGAGCGUGAAGAACGUGCUUCUCAAGUCCAACUGUGUGCUGGAGGCCUUCGGGAACGCCAAGACGAACCGCAACGACAACUCCAGCCGCUUCGGCAAGUACAUGGACAUCAACUUCAACUUCAACGGCGAUCCCACCGGGGGUCACAUCAACAACUACCUGCUGGAGAAGUCCAGGGUGGUCCAGCAGCACGAGGGGGAGAGGAACUUCCACUCCUUCUAUCAGCUGCUGCGUGGAGGAACAGAUGAGAUGCUGACGUCGUUCCACCUGCAGAACGAUCCCGCUCGUUAUUUUUACACCAGAGAAGGAGCUGCAGCCGCCACUUCUAACAACGAUCGCUCGAACCACAAAGCAGUGAUGAGUGCGCUCCAUGUGAUCGGCUUUUCACAAGAGGAGAUCGCUUCAAUCUACCAGAUCCUCGCCUCCAUUUUACAUUUGGGUAACGUGCAGUUCGAGAGCGACGGGGAGAACGUUCGGAUCCUGGGGCUCGACGCCGUGAGCCACAUCUCAGAGCUGACCGCCACGGACCCGGACAGCAUUGCUAAGAGCCUGCUGUACCGUACGGUGGCCACGGGCGGCGGAGAGGUCAUCGAAAAGGGUCACACGGAGGAGGACGCCUGCUUCGGACGGGACGCCUUUGCUAAGGCUCUCUAUGAGAGACUCUUCGGCUGGAUCGUGAGCCGCAUCAAUGGCAUCAUCGAGGUGAAAAACUACAACCCAGUGCUUCAUGGGAAAAACACGGUCAUCGGUGUGUUGGACAUCUACGGCUUCGAGAUCUUCGACAACAACAGCUUUGAACAGUUCUGCAUCAACUACUGCAACGAGAAGCUGCAGCAGCUCUUCAUCGAGCUGAUCCUCCAGCAGGAGCAGGACGAAUACCAGAGAGAAGGCAUCACCUGGCAACAUAUCGAUUACUUCAACAACCAGAUCAUCGUGGACCUCGUGGAGCAGCAGCACAAAGGCAUCAUCUCCAUCCUGGACGAAGCCUGCCUCACCGUCGGUAAAGUCACGGACACGGUGUGCCUGGACAGCAUGGACACCAAGCUGGCUCAGCAUCCUCACUACACCUCCCGCAAGCGCAACCCUUCGGACAAAACCAUGGAGUUCCAGAAACACUUCCGCAUCCGUCACUACGCUGGAGACGUCACAUAUUCAGUCGAGGGGUUUUUGGAGAAAAACAAGGACCUGCUUUUCCAGGAUUUCAAGCGCCUCAUGUUCAACAGUUCUAACCCAGUCCUGAAGAACAUGUGGCCCGAUGGUCAGCUGAGCAUCACCGAGGUCACCAAGAGACCUCAGACCGCCGCCUCGCUCUUCAAGACCUCCAUGGUGGCGUUGGUGGAUCGACUGGCCUGUAAGGAGCCGUACUACGUUCGAUGCAUCAAACCCAACGAGGUGAAGUCCUCGGUGCUGUUCGACGACGCCCGCUGCCAGCACCAGGUGGCCUACCUGGGCCUGCUGGAGAACGUGAUGGUGCGCCGGGCCGGCUUCGCCUACAGGCAGCCGUACGCUCGCUUCCUGCAGCGGUACAAGAUGACGUGCGAGUACACCUGGCCGAACCACCUGAUGGUGUCGGACAGGGACGCCGUGGAGGCCAUCAUCACGCAGCACGGCUUCCAGGACGACGUGGCGUACGGACACACCAAGCUGUUCGUGCGAACGCCGCGCUCGCUCUUCACCCUGGAGCAGGAGCGAGCCGCCCUCAUCCCCAUCCUGGUGCUGUUCCUGCAGAAGAUAUGGCGCGGAGCUCUGGCCCGCCUGCGGUGCCACCGGAUGAGAGCCGUCUACGCCAUCAUGGGCUGCUACAAGCGCUACAAGGUGAAGGCCCACUUCUGGGAGGUGGAGCGGCGGUUCGCCUCCGUGCGGUCGAUGCCGGACCACGGAAAGAGCGUGGAGUGGCCGGCGCCGCCCGCAGCGCUGGCCCAGUUUCACCGCAUCACGACCACGCUGCACCGCAGGUGGUGGGCGAGGCAGAUCGUGAAGAACAUCCCUCCGUCCGACAUGUUGGAGGUUCGAGCCAAAGUGGCGGCUCUGUCGGCUCUGAGCGGCGAGAGGAAAGCCUGGGGGGUCGGCCGGGCCUGGCAGAGGGACUACCUUUCAAACGUGAGAGACUGCCCUCAGACCAGCUCCGCCUUCAUCCAGGUCUCCAAACAGCUGAAGAACAAAGACGGCUACAGUCAGGUGGUCUUCUCCGGCUUCUGUAGGAAGGUGAACCGAUUCAACAAACGCACGGACCGAGCCCUGCUGGUCACAGACGAGUCCAUCUACAAACUGGACCCAAAGAAGAACUUCAAGGUUCUGAAGAGGCUUCCUCUGGACUCGUUUACAGGACUGAGCGUGACCAGCGGGGUGGACCAGAUGGUGGCGCUGCACACGGCCUCUCAGGACGACGUCCUGCUGUGUCUUCAGGAAGGACAGCUGUGUCCCAACCAGGACAGGGUGGGCGAGCUGGUGGGAGCGCUGGUGGACCACUUCACACGCGUCAGAAAGGUUCUGUUUCCUGUGAAGGUCUCCUGCUCAGCUCUGCAGCUCCACAUGCGAGGAAAACCCAAGAGCGUCACCGUGGAAACCAAGCCGGGCCAGACCGCCGCCGACUUCAAGAAGAGCCAGGACGGUUUUGUCCUGCUGGUCCCGCUCGCCAACUGAUGCUGACCAGAACCGGGCCAGAACCGGGCCAGAACUCUGAGCUCAACAAAGAGUUAAAGGUUUUCUGCUCCCUGAGCGGCACCAAACAGAGACGGCAGAAAGUAGACUUUAUUGUUUUAUUUCUUCGUUUGUAUUAUACUAAUUUAGAUUUUUAUAGAUUCUAAAGAUGACAUUAAUUUAAUGAUGA